UUACACUCCAAAACAGUCACUUAUUGGCCUAUAACGUUUAAGAAUUCUAUAUACAUUACUCAACAUCAAGUUGAUUUCUCUCUGGCAUAACAAUUUCCUCAAAUCGAAAUUAUCAACAAGUUGAAGUAAAGAGAAUUGCCAAGCAGAAAUCAUUGAAAUUACAACUAAAUAAAAUUCCACUAGAUCUGACCUCAUAUGAUAAACCAAGGUCUGUCGGUUUAUUAAACUUUGCGACCGAUUUAGUGUUAAGUUUGAUGACAAACAUGUCUCAUAUAGCUGUUUUCGCAGUGUUUACUAUUAUUGUUCUAUUAGCACUACCUUUCAAGGCUAUUUUAGCCUGCGAAGGCAUCAAAAAUGUUUUAAUAGAAGUGAAAGAACGGGAGACUGGAGAAAGAAGUAACAUGACAUUCAGUGGUUGCCUCGAGAGAAAGAAUUUUGGCGGCAAAACGAUUACCGAAAUUCAUAUAAGAAACCAAAAUAUUCCAAAUAUAGGAAAGGAUUAUAUUAGACAUUUAGUAAGAUUGGAUAUUUUAGAACUGAACAACUGCAAAAUUAAAACUAUUGCUCGGGGUGCACUAAGAAAUUUGCUAAGAAUCCGAGUUGUCGAAGUUACUCAUAAUUUGAUAACUGAGGUCACUGGAGGAAUCUACGACGUAUUCAACACAAUCAAAAUAUUACGUUUAAAUAACAACAAAAUUAGUUCAAUGACAGAUGAAGCCCUAUCCAAUAUGACAAUGACUGAAGUUAAUUUUAGUCACAACGAGUUUAGAGAAUGGAAGAAAGUCUGGUUUGCUUAUUCACCAAAUAUAGAAAUUUUCGAUUUUUCAUUUAAUAAAAUUGAAUCCAUUCCUCAAAGAGCGUUUGAUGGGAUGCCUGUAUUGAAGGAAGUUGAUUUUUCAUAUAACAGGAUUUCAUCUAUAGGUAAAGAAGCAUUUAGGGCGCUCAAAUCAUUAAAAGUUUUAAAUUUAAAGAGUAACCUAUUAUCAAGCCUUAAUACGAACAUUUUUUCAAGUAAAAUAUCAAUAAACACUCUAAACAUAGCAUCAAAUAACUUUUUUAAACUGGAUCUUCAAGAACACAGAGAACUUACCUUAGAGCAGAUAGGCAUAGAUCAUAACCCAUGGUCUUGUCCUUGUAUGGACAAUUUACAUGCAUGGUUAAAUGCAAACCAAGUUACUCUCUUAAUGUCUAACGAUUGUGGUUUGACAUUUUUACCAGUUUGUAUAGCAGCAGAUUCUUGUGACACACCUCCGAACGGCAAAGGAUUAGAAAACUAUUUUAAUGUUAUUAAUAAGUUAGACUAUCUACAAAAGAAAUGUAUUGGAUUACAGUCAUAUUAUUAGUAGCAAUACAGCAAUAAAUUAUCAUAUUAUAUUUAUUAGUAUUAAAUUUAAAAAACUGAAUAAAGUCUGAGUUUAGUA